GUUCAAUGGAUCCAAAGGACUUUCUGAGGGAAGCACAAAUAAUGAAGAACUUGAGACAUCCAAAGCUUAUACAGCUUUAUGCUGUCUGUACUUUGGAGGACCCAAUUUAUAUUAUUACUGAGCUGAUGAGAUAUGGAAGUCUUCUAGAAUACCUUCAAAAAGAUGCAGGCUCCGAAAUCUUCCUGCCACAUCAAGUAGACAUGGCUGCUCAGGUGGCUUCCGGGAUGGCUUACCUUGAAUCUCAGAACUAUAUCCAUCGGGAUCUGGCAGCCAGGAAUGUUCUUGUUGGUGAACACAAUGUUUACAAAGUAGCAGACUUUGGACUUGCAAGAGUUUUUAAGGUAGAAAAUGAAAAUGUAUAUGAAGCUAGGCCUGAAACAAAACUCCCAGUGAAAUGGACAGCCCCGGAGGCAAUCCGCUACAACAAAUUCAGCGUUAAGUCAGAUGUCUGGUCAUUUGGAAUACUUCUGUUUGAAAUAAUCACCUACGGGAAGAUGCCUUACGCUGGGAUGCCAGGGCAUCAGGUGAUCCAGAUGCUGGACAAGGGGUACAGACUUCCUCAGCCGGAGACCUGCCCGGCGCCGCUCUACCAGCUGAUGCUGCAGUGCUGGAGCGCGGAGGCGGGCGGGCGGCCCACCUUCGAGGCCCUCUGUGGGCAGCUGGAGUGCUACUUCGAGACCGACUCCUCUUCCUACGCCCACGCCCAGGCCGUGGUGAAAUGA